AUGAUUUUAUCUGAGAAUCCAUUCCAUGAAAUUCUAAAUAAAGUUAUUCAAUUACUCAAUCGACGUCGUGGGAAAAAACUUAUCUUAUUACGGCAAUAUAAUAAAAUGUUGCCUAAUCAUGAUAAAUAUGAACUAGCUCAUUUAUAUUUUAAUCCUAAAACACAUAAGAAUGAUAUCCCAGUUCGACCGAUUGAAAAUACAAUUCGAGUUUCAACAACAAAGAUUUCAAACUAUCUAUCAGAAAUAAUAGGACCUAUUUUUGAUAGUAAAUGUCAAAUGACAACUAUCAUUGAUGGUUCAUCAUUAAUUAAAAAAUUUCAUCAAUAUGUCAGAAGAAAUCGUUUAAAACCUUCUACUCUUUUUUGUACAUUUGAUAUUAGUAAUUUAUGUACAAUGCUACUACAAGAUGAAGCACUUGAUAUUCUUGUGGAAUUUCUUCGUGUACAUGGAUAUGUCAAACAAAUUCUUGGUGGUGCAAUGGGUUCAUCCUUUACAUUAACAUUAGCCAAUAUUUUUAUGUGGAAAUGGCAAAAAGAACUUGUUCGUCGACAAGACAAGACAGGUGAUUUUUUGAACGGUAAAUAUAUCGAUGCUAUUUUCAUGACAUGGAAUAAAUCAGAAAAAGAAUUGAAAAAAGCACUAGAUGAAGCGAAUACAUGGCAUCCAAAUAUAAAAUUAGAAUAUAAGAUUAGUAAAAGUCUUCCUUUUCUUGAUGUUCUUCUUACAAAUAAUAAUGGUAAUUUAUCCACAAUGGUAUAUCAUAAACCAGCAGCUGAACCCUAUGCUGUACCUUUUAUUUUCGAUCAUCCAAAACAUACAUUUGUUAAUGUUAUACAAACGAGUCUUACACGUGCCGUAAGAUAUUUAUCGACAUUUGAGACAUUUAAUAAUGAACGAUGUUAUAUUAAAUUAACUCUCCUGUUAAAUGGGUAAAUUGCUUUCUAUUCGAUUCUUUACUACCAUAUCUCUUGAUCUCGUAUACUUCAGGUAUUCGUCAUCAUUUAUUGAUAAAGAAUUUCAAAUUUUUUUUACUGAUUACCUAUCAACAAAUUCAUUUAUGCCUUUUAUAACACAUGAAAAGAAUUUUUCUUGAUGUGCGAAAAAGUAAUCAAUCAACCAACACAUCGCCAAUCACAAGUAGCAAUUAACGCAUCAAAGGCGGACAUCGAUAAUGAUCAAAAAGAUGAAGAACAGAAAGAGACAACAAAAUUGCAAACUGAAAACAAGAUAAACGACAAGAACAACAAGAACAAACUCAUCCUUCAUUAUACACAUGAAAAGCGUUUGUAUUCAUUCAAACGAGAUCUGUAUCAGGUCUACGAUCAAGUUUUCAACAAUACACCUGUACAAGAUGUCAGAAUGAUUGUUGGCAAUCGAAAUUGACGAGAUGCUAACUCUGAACUAGUACGAAAACGUUCAAGACGAACAUUGUGCCAAAAUCGACCGAGAAUAAGUGAGUCCUUUUCGAAAAAAACCUUAAUUGAAUCCACUUUCCUACUGACGAUUGUAUUUCAUUUGAUUGCAACAGUGCCACGUAACAAAGUGCAACGAAACUUAAAUAUGCGCGACACAACUGAUCAAGAACAACAACGAUAUUGCUUUUCGAUCAGCAGUGACUAUUUCAACGUCACUAAUACCGACUAAACCUACCUAUUGAACACAUCAAAACACUGAUGCACUACUGCUAGCUUUUCCUAUUCUUUCAUUAUUAUGUUAACCACGCUUCGAACAUAAUAAGUUAAAUAAAAAAAACUGCCCAACACUUUCUCGAUUUCUUACCCAUCCAAACAUAAAUGAAUUUCAUUUCAGAUUAACCUCUACGAACAAAUUUUCGUAUAUUUCACAUUAUCGAAGGCUGAACAAAAACCAAACCUUAUACAAUAAUGACACCAAUACAAAGGCUGUCGUCUACCACAAAAAACAAUUAUAAUUCACUCAAUCUGCAACACUCUACUACAACAAAAAUUAAAGAUAGAUCUUGUUUUGGAGUUUCUUUUGAAAAUUCAGAAUAGAUUAAGCCAUCUGAUGAGUCCUUUAGCAGGGACGAAACCGGCCAUAGCAGCUUCUUUACACCCUCACCCACACAAACUUCUUACAAUAGUAUAACAUAGUAGGAGAAUUUAAUUGUUUAAAAACAUUUUAUAAAAUCAGCAGCAAUUGAUAAGAUUACUUAAUCGAAACGCGUCUUGCUAGCUUUUGAUUGAUUCCAAAUAGAAAUCGUUUAAUACACCACACUCACACCCACCUUUGACUAAAUUAAAUAAUUUUUUUAAUCAAAAUCAUCAGCAUUAAUUUCUCUACAAGAUAGAAUAUGUUAAAAUAGUUUUUGAGACUUUUGUGUUUUUAUAGUUGAGUACCCAUGGAACGACCCAAGAACAACAAAUGACAUCUUUUUAAAGAAAUCAACAAGAUAAAUAUAAUAAAGUAAAACAAAAUAAAAUAAAAUAUUGGUUUUAACUUUUGCGUUUUUGUUUUCGAAUAAAACGAUUUGAAUAAAUAACGUCUUCUCUGUU